CCAAAACAGACGGCCAUAUUGAAAUUCUGUGUUGUGUUUGGUGAAAUAGAUCUCAAGAAGAAAGAUUGGAGUGUAUUUUUGUACAGUUUGGACGCCGUGGGAUGUGAUUCCUCGCCUAAAUAACCCUCAAGAUGUUGUCGUUCCCGUACGACGUCCUGCACCGCCAGGGCCAUGGUGGCGGCCGGCGCUUCCAACGCACGGUCACCGUGGUGGAGCGCCCCGAGCCGAGCGAGCGCGCCGAGCAAAGCGAGCAAAGCGAGCAAACCGAGCGCUGCAGCUCCCGGUCCGGCUACGAGAGUUCGUCCAGCGACGAGCUCUCCGACGAGUCGGCCGUCGACGAGCUGACGACGUCCCUGAGCGCCAGCGGCGCGGCUGGCAGGAAGGCCGUCAACAAGGGCCGAUGGACCAAGGAGGAGGACGCCCUGCUCAAGACGCUGGUCGAGGAGCACAGCGAGAACUGGGAGAUGAUCGCCAGCAACUUCCCGGACCGCUCCGACGUGCAGUGCCAGCAGCGCUGGCUCAAGGUGGUCAACCCGGCGCUCGUCAAGGGGCCCUGGACCAAGGAGGAGGACGAGAAGGUGCUGGAGCUGGUGGUGCGGUACGGGCCCAAGAAGUGGACGCUGAUCGCGCGGCACCUCAAGGGCCGCAUCGGCAAGCAGUGCCGCGAGCGCUGGCACAACCACCUCAACCCCAAGAUCAAGAAGACGGCCUGGACCGAGGAGGAGGACAAGAUCAUCUACCAGGCGCACCGCCAGUACGGCAACCAGUGGGCGCGCAUCGCCAAGCUGCUGCCCGGCCGCACGGACAACGCCAUCAAGAACCACUGGAACUCCACCAUGAGGCGCAAGUUCGACCCGGAGCUCCGCGCCGAGUCCACGGGUCGCGGACGGGGCCGCGGUGCGUCGCGGCGCUGCGGGGUGGCCCUGGCGUCGUCGCAGGGGCAGGCCGCCCAGGGCACCCAGGGCACGGCCUUGGUGGCGUCCACCAUGUCGCGCGGCGCCGGCAAGACGCCCAUGGCCUACCCCGCCCUGCAGCCCACGCCGGUCAGCAACACCACCACGACCACCACCGCGUCCUCCGGCUCCUCCGGCUCCUCCGGCAGCAGGUUCCUGUUCACUGAGUACGGCCUGCACGCGUACGAGAGCUCGGAGUGGUCGUCGCCUGAAGUGUACGAGCAAGCACCGAGCCGCGGCUCGACGGGCAGCCCAGUGCCCGCCGACAGCCCGCUGCACCAGCAGUUGCUGACGCCUCAGCCGCAGCAGAGGACGUCAACGUCAACGUCGCGCAUGCAAGUGUUUGGGGGAAUCAAGCUGGAGGACUCGCCGGACCCAUUCUCACCAUUCAAGUAUUUGAGUAUGCAAUCUAGUCCUUCAGAUGAAGGUUACAAUGAGUUGGAUGCAAUGAAAAUCUCACCGAAAAAGGAACCUAUUAGCACCUUUGGUCAGAUGCAGUUACUUGCAGUUACUCCAUUUUGUACAGAGUCUCCUGAAUUCAAACAUGAUAUUGUUAGCUUUCACCCUCAAGAUUCUGAACUAUCUUCAGAUUAUGCCCUAACUUCACCCCCAACUCAGUCGAUGCAGAGUAGUGGUCUUGGAGUGUCAAUAGGGUCCCCAGAUAGGCAAGCCACCCCUAUCAAACAAGUACCAUUCAGUCCUUCACAGUUUUUAAAUACACCCAAUUUAAUGGAAAUAUCGUUGACUGGAACACCUGUUCGACGGAACUUAGUCGCUGCCCAAUCAACACCUCUGAACCGUGAGGGAGACAGGGACAGGGAAGGCAGCCCCGGGCCGUUAAGUACUCCAGAACUGCUUCCAGUUCACCAAGCUGCAAGGCAACGGAUGGCCAGAAUCAACGCUGCUGCUGAAAAUGUGGAGCAGCCUUCAGAGCCCAGUAGUAAUGACUCAACUCCAAAUCGUAAGAACAAAUUGACGCAGCCCAGGACUCCCACGCCUUUCAAGGAUGCCUUAGCCAAACUUGAGAAGAAAAAUGGAGCAAUGAAGAACUUGCCUCAAACACCUACUCGACUUGAGGACAUUGAUGAGUUGAUGAAGAAAGAACAACCAGAUUUGUCGGAUUCGCAGUAUGAAACUGAUACGGCCAGCAUGAUAAAUUAUACCUAUCAGGAUUCUCUGCAAGACAGCGGCUAUGUUGGACUCGCUAAGCGACGCAGUGCUACUCCAGUAGGCAAGGAAAAUGUUCCAAACAAAAAAGUAAGGAAAGCACUCGCACCUUCAUGGAGCACGCCGGGAAACAUCAGUGUUCCGGGUGUAACGGACCCUUCUUUCGUCGUAGAAUCACCCAGCAAAUCUUUGACGGCUGAACGAUCGGUGACAUUUUCACCAUCUUGUUCCUUUGUUGUAGAAACCCCUAGUAAGUCGUUGGUUGGUGACCGGUCAGUACUGUUUUCUCCACCAUCAAUCAUGACAGACCUCGAUGAAGUUCUUGCGGUUCCGGUAAAUGAACCUCCAUCCCCAAGCACUAAGAGUGGCAAUAUUCCAUCUCUGCCAACUCCACCACCAAGCAAACAAUCUGUCGUCAAACGGAUUCACUUUGGAGAUCCAGCGAGAGAUUUGAGAGUGCCGAAGCUUGAUGUACGAUGGGAGAUGGUGGCUUGUGGUAAGACGCAGGAUCAACUAGAGUUAACAGAGCAAGCCCACAAGUACCUGAUCCAGACGGCACUGAAACCCCGAUCUCUGAAUCUCUAGCAGAUCUUAGCCAUAUAAGAUGUUAUAGUAUUACAAAUGAUAAUCUUUCAAAAUUUUAAACAGCAUUUUUAAACAAUGUGCUCUUAUUGGUCAUUGAACACUAGUCUUCUGAUCUGAAAUCGUACAAGUGCCUCCUCCACUCUUGGAUGGAGAGAUAUAUUGUAUGAUUGCAGCUUAGUGAAAUGGAACAUGCCUCUCUUAUGACAAAGGCCUCUAAUUUUAAUGUAUGCAUUUAGCAGAAGUUUCCUUAUGCUGCCUUUAAGAUGUUACAAACUUAUUGCAUGACCAUUUCUCAUUCAUCUCAUCGUAUUUCAUUUAUUUGUGAAUUUGUUUACUUCAAGGAUGCUGUUAUAAGUAGAUACAGUGGGAAUCUAUACCAGUGUUACCAUCCCAAAAUCUGCUGUUUUAGCAUCACUAUUCUUUUAAGUGCUGUGUGAAUUUGAGCUUGAAUGUGAGAGACAAGUAUUCUUGUUAGUGUGUUUCUUGUUAAGUUUCUUGUGUGUUGUAAAGUUUAUCUUAAACCGUGUACUACUAACUCAAUUCAAUGUUUUUGUUUUCUUCUUUCAAAAAUGUAUCUUAGUGUAGUUUUCCCAACCUUGUUUGUCAUCUAGUGGAAGUCAUUUUCACUCGCCAGCAUUUCUCUUGCAGAAAAGACUGGAAUGUAUGUAAUCUCAAAAUUUCAGAUGGGAUAUAGAAAAGGGAACGUACUUUUCAUAUUAAUAAUGUAGUCUUGUAUUCGUACCAUUUAUUGACUAAUAUUGGAAAGCACUUUAUUUAUUUUUAUGAUUGAUUGCAUGUUUGUCUCUUUGUGUAUGAAAACUGCCACUAGGGCUUGUCAAUCAUGUAAUUUUAUUAGGUAUAUUAGUCUCACAAUUUUCUGUGGAACCAAAGCAAAUGUAGCUUAAGUUUCUUUUAAAAGACUUGAAGGUCCUGGUAUUAACAAUGCAAUAUUAAGCUUAAAUUUUGUAGAGUAAAGAUAUUUUUAUUACCUAUUUCAGAAUCUGAGAGAGGGAUUCCAAAGAACUAUUUAUUUGUGUAUGGUUUUGAAACUUCAUCUACUUGUGUUGCUCAGACCAAAGUGAACUGUUUGUAAACUGCUCUGCAUUGCUUGGUGGUUCUUCUAAACAGUGCUGAACAGUUCCAGUUUUGAAUUAUGAACUCAAUAUUGCCAUGUUGUUGGCAAAGGCAUGAACAGACCCAGUGUGAGUUCUUAUUCUGCUUUCCAAAGUAUUACUAAACCAGAAAAUUGGUGUUUUCCUUAUGCUUUCUUUUUCUCAAACAUUCAUGAUAUACUGUGUGAUAAAUUGUAUCUCUGAAAAUUUUCUCAGUAUUCUUACCAGUCAAAGAAAAAAUUUAAAAAUAGAAGUGUCAUCAAGAAAAAGAAUCUCUGACAUUAGAGGCAAAACAAAAGACAGUUAAAUCUGGUUGCUUGUGCUUUACUUCUCAUUUUAUUUCGUAAAGCACAGCUGCUUUUGUACAAAUAUUUAUUUCUCUGUAGAUACUACGUGUUAUGUGUAUGUAUUCUAGUGCCAAUACAUAGAUUUAACUGGAACCAAGACAACACAACUCAGCGUUUGUAAUUUAUAGAUGUGAUGUGAAGUGUUUGUCAUUGGUAAACUCUGCUCACUGUCCGACUCUCUCUAAUUUACUUGCCAUUUUAUUCAAGACUAAAUAUGUUUAGUCAAAAUCGAAGAGCUUUUAAGUCACAUCAAAAGUGGGCCAUUUUAACAAUUACAAUAAUGUACACCAGUUAAUUAUUUAAAAUCCAAUGAUAUUAUUGCCUGCCCCUGCAUAUUUUUCUGAAAUGUUUGCAUGUCCAUAUACUAAUGGUGAAGAUACACCAGUAAAUUCAUAUGAUAUGGCUCUUUUUAAAAAUGUGGCAUUCUAUACAACAUCUUUGCCAAUCUAAUUUUACCUUUAAGAUGUGUUAACUCAAUUGUGCAUCUCAGUAUUUUUACUUCUGUGUGUGUGGCCUGUGUUUAGGUUUUACUUAAAUAUUGUUUGUUCCCUCAACCUAUGGAAAAAUAAUACAUGAUUUUUUCCCCCUUUUCUACA